CGUGCAAAAAGCAACAGGGCUUUCCAUUCAUCAAAGCUCGUGAUGUAUGUAAUCAGGUGCAGGUCCAUCAGAAUUUCCUGUGACUGUGACAGUAGAGAGUCCUUCCUCCUCAGAAAUCGAAGAGGUCGAAGAUUCCUCAGAAAGUGUUCAGGAAGAGCCAGAGAAAAUCAGUUUGAAACAAGAAGCAUUGCAGGCCUUCAUGCCCACUCAUUGACAAGCAUGAUCCUGGAUGAUGAAGGUGUUUUGGGCAGCACUGAGAAUUCUUUUCAGAAGUUCCAUGCUUUCUUGGAUCUCCUUAAAGAUGCUGGGCUUGGGCAGCUGGCCGCAAUGGCUGCUAUAGAUCAGUCAGAUUUUCAUUUACUAGGUCGUCCCCAUAUGAAUUCUACUGUUAGCAGUCCACCUAAAGAAGAAAAGAAGGCACUUGAAGAAGAAAAAUCAGAAUCAAAGCAGAGUGUCCCAGUACAAACGCAAAAUCUCCAAUUUCAGAAAAUUACAGGUGAUGCUGGGACUCCUUUGCCUCUCGACUCCUUCCAUGUCCCAGUCUCUACUCAGGAGGCCUUAGAAACUUCCAAAGACAACCUGGGGGUCCCAGUCACAUAGCAGCGGCAGGAGCCUUUUGAAGAUUUCAUUGCUAGAACAUGUUCUCCUUCAGCAGACGUCAUUUCUGGAACUGGAAGUCAAAGAAAAGAAGAGGAAUUAUCUAGAAAUAGCAGGUCUUCUUCAGAGAAAAUGAGCAAAGCAGGUGAAUAUACCGAAAAAUACUCUGCUAAGAAACAACCUGGGAAGGACCUGCAUUCCUGCUCUGACUCACCUGUAAAGCAGAAAAGCAAAGGAAUUGGGCAAAAUAAUUCUUUGCUUAAUGAACCAAUUAGAAGUGAGUCUUUGAAAAAACACAUUUUUGUUAAGAAAGAGAGUAGAAUAGUGACUGUUUCAUCAAAGACAACUAAAAGUAAACUCAAUCUACUAGAACAUUCUGAAAGUGAUACUCGUGGAUCUGAUUGUGAAUUUCAAGAAAGCAUCCAUACUCCAUCACACCUAACAUAG